CCUUUCCUCUCCAGGACCCAACUCCUCCUCCAGUCCGGCCCAACGGAAUCUCCCCCCUCGCAGUACGCCAGUCCACCGCCGCGGUGCCCUAGAGCUCCGUCCCGCCGUGUCGCCGCUUAGCGCACGCACCACCGGACCAGCAGCAGGCGAGGGCCGGCCGGCACCUACUUCAACGGAGCGCGGACGGAAGGUUUCUGCAUCUUCCAUGGCGCUCGUGGUGAUGUGCGGGCAGCCGUGCAGCGGCAAGUCAGAGGCUGCAGCUUGUCUAGCUGCCGCUCUUCGCUCCUCCGUGCCUGACGUCACUGUCCGCGUCAUUGACGAGUCAUCGCUCCAUCUUGGACGGAAUGAAAGCUACAAAGAUAUGGUUGUGGAGAAAAACUUAAGAGGAGUUUUGAGAUCAGAAGUUGAUAGGUCUGUGUCACGGGAUGGCAUAAUCAUCGUGGAUUCUUUGAACAAUAUUAAGGGGUACCGAUAUGAGCUGUGGUGUCUUGCGCGUGCUUCGGGAAUAAGAUAUUGUGUGUUCUUUUGUGAUACAGAAGUGGACCAUUGUAGGGAUUGGAACGUCAAGCGUCAGGAGAAAGGAGAACCCUCAUAUGAUAACAAUAUAUUUGAAGAUCUGGCAAGGAGAUUUGAGAGGCCUGAUAGUCGUAGCCGCUGGGAUUCCCCUCUUUUUGAAUUGUUUCCAUCUAGAGAGGAAAUUGUGGAAUCUUCCCCUGUUAUUGCCGAGGCUGUAUCAUAUUUGACUAAGAAAGUGGAUUCGAAAACAAGAGAUGUGAAAGUUCUCCAGCCUACAAUAGCUACUCAGUCUGUACGGACUACUGAGGGCAAUUCGCUCUACGAGAUGGACAAAGCAACACAGGAGGUGGUCAGUGCAAUUGUGGAGGCACAGUCUGGUGGUCUUGGGCUUGCCAUGAACAAGAUUUCUCUUGGGCCUGACUUGCCAACUAUUAAUCUUCAAAGAUCGGUUGGCCUGCCCGAGCUACGGAGCCUCCGACGCACGUUCAUCAAGCUGGCAGGGCAGUACAGCUUGAGCGGGCGACCCCCACCAACAGAUGCCGACAGCGCGAAGAGGAUGUUUGUUGACUACUUGAACCGAGAAAUUGGUGGGUGAUUCUCUGAUGAGUAGUCCUGCCUAUGAUGUACUACUUCCCAGGGGACAAAAUGCAGGCGCUUGUAGCGUUUUCCCCUGCCAUGCUCCUCAUCUGGCUUCUUUCGGGGCGUCCAAGGAGAUUAUUUUGCCUCGCAUGAGCUUCACCACAAGUAUUCACAAGUGGCAUGCCGCUGUGUAAUUCUGUAGCUCCUGUACCACCCAAAUAGUUUUCGCUGGUGUUUGCAACUUGUAAACUACACAAUUUGGAAAUAUUUACCGAAUUAUUUAUGUAAUGGCUGCAACUUGUUACAACAUA